UGUACGUCUCCGGUUAAAGGUUGAAAUCCGGAUACCGUCCCAACGUACUGUACUCGUUGGAACAACAAAUUCGGUUGCACUUCUCAUGGCGCACCCGCAGCGCGGCACGAGCGCCUACGGGCUGGACAAGCAGUUGGCCGACAAGGCACUCGUAAAGUACGACAAGCAGUCCGAGAUGGAUGCGAAGGAGUGGAUCGAGGCGCUGACACGGCAUUCAGUCGGCGACGAUUUUGGCCUUGGGCUAAAGUCUGGAGUCAUCCUGUGCGACCUUGCCAACGCCCUCGAUCCGUCGCUGAAGCUAAAACCUUCACCAUCGGCCAUGCCUUUCAAGCAAAUGGAGAAUAUCUCGGCUUUCCUCCGCGCCUGUCGUACGUUCGGUGUUGCAGAGUUUGACCUGUUUGAAACAGUCGAUCUCUUUGAGCUCAAGGACGUCGGCCUCGUCGUUCGCUGCCUCCACGCCCUCGGCCGGGCCGUGCAAAAACGGCCUGGCUACAACGGCCCCACCCUUGGAGUCAAGGAAGCAACCAAGAACACGCGGCAGUUUACCGAAGCGCAGAUCGCCGAGGCCAGGCACGCCACGUCGCUGUUGAACAUGGGGAGUAUUGCAACGAUGCAGCGGACGAGCGUCGAUACGAGUGGAAGCGUCACAUUCGGCGCCGACUCUGCUUCGACUGGUGUGCCCUCGGCCGCGCCGGUGGCCACGACUCCCUCGGACUCUACUUUGACGGUACCCAGUCUCUUCCGCCGGAGCUCGUCGGCGUUUACCGACCAUGUGCCAACCCCUCCACCUCAACUAUCCAGUCCUGCCGUCGUAGCCAAGCCUGUUUCGUCGACACCUGCGUGUUCUACCGUAGCAGCGGCAUCCAAGACAACUGCCGCAACGCCGCCGGUGCAAGUUCGCGGCGGGGGAUACGGCUUGGACGCAGAGAUUGCUGCCGCCGCUGCUGCCAAAUACGACUACGCUCUGGAGGCGUCGAUUCAAACGUGGAUUGAGGCCAUUACGCACAAGUCGUUUGAAACCUCGUUUGGCGAGUCGCUUCGAGAUGGCCAGGUGCUGUGCCUGCACCUGAACACUCUGCACGCGCUGUGCCAAGUGCCCGUCGUGCCCAUCAAGAUUGAGACAUCGAAAAUAGCGUUCAAGCUCAUGCAAAAUAUCAAAAACUUCCUCGCGGCCGUCCGAGCACUCGGAGUCGCGGACGUUGACUGCUUCGAGACCGUCGACUUGUUUGAGCUGAAAGACCUGAGCGCAGUCCUGCGGUGCCUCCAGGCGCUGAGUCGCGUCAUUGCCAAGAAAUUCCCAGCCUACACGGGCCCCCUUCUCCCCGACCACUCCACUCGGCGACCGUCUGCGAUGACUCCGCCAAAGCCCGCCGCCACCGAAGCUCAAAAGCCCAAAGACGAGGCCUCCGCGGCCAACAGCACGCGCCCGUCCUGGCAGCAUACCGCGGCAGUGGCCGCUCCUGUGACAACUCCGCCCGAACCGACUCCAAUCCAAACACCUGCGGAAACGACUCCGUCCAUCCGCCCGCAGUGGCCCCCCGCGAAAACACCCGAGCCCCCUGUCCCCGCACCGACUCCAACAACAACGACCGUCCCGGUAGCCGCCCCCAUCGCCGCCUUUCGAAGCAAGGGCCUUCCCACACGAACCAACUGGACGUAGUUGUGGUAGAAUUUGUCAAAACAUGCCUCUUGUUUAUUCUC